AUGUCAAAUGAGGAUGCAAACAUAUCUUUGAAUAAUAAAUCAAAUAUCGAUAAUAUCGAUACAUCACAUCCUCAAAAUGCUACAACUAUUUCUCCACGUGAAUUAAUGACUUCUCAUUCUCCAUCAGACGUAAUAUCUAAUAAUAGUCACGAUCGUCUUGUUGGAGGCGCUUUAACACAGGUUUCAACUGUUCAUCCCGAAAAUCUUACCACUUCACAAACUUUAUCACCAUUGCAACCAAGCAAAUCCGAUGCUUAUGCAGAAGAAGAAUACCAAAUGGCACUAUCUUCUCAAGCUCUUUCACCUCCAACUUAUAGUAAUGAAAUUGAAAAAGAUCGCAAACUCACUGAUGAUAGUCAUAUAGUUGAAAUUCCCGAUGAUGCCGCUAAAGCUCAGGAAAUAAAAAAUACCUUACAAACUGAUAAGCAAAUAAGAAUGGCUUUUGUAAGAAAAGUGUAUGGCCUUCUUACUCUUCAACUACUUACAACUGUUGGAGUUUCCCUAUUGUUUAUGUUCUAUCAGCCCGCAAAAGAUUUUGUGAAUAACUAUCAAUUACUUUUCUAUAUUUCCUGGCUUGUGGCUUUCUUAGUGCUGAUUCUUCUAUUUUGGCUACGCAAGAGACAUCCAUUUAACUUAAUUCUAUUGCUCUUAUUUACCUUAUGUAUUUCAUAUGGUAUAGGCUCUGUAGUGUCUUUAUAUUCUCAACAGAUCGUACUAGAAGCUUUUUUAAUAACUUUUGGGGUUUUUAUCGCUCUUGAAAUUUUCACCUUGCAAUCAAAGUGGGACUUUUCUUCUUGGGGUCCAUUUUUAUAUGCAACCCUUUGGGUUUUAAUCUUUGCUUUUAUUUUUGGAUGGUUUCUUCCAUUCGAUCGUGGUUAUAAUAUCGUUAUUAGCGCAGUAGCUGCUCUUUUGUUUAGUGCAUAUAUCAUUUAUGACACUUAUAUGUUAACCAAAAGGGUUAGUCCUGAAGAAUAUGUACUAGCGGCU